AUGGCGAACCCGUUGCAGCAGUUUGCUUAUCGAACCCAGAAGGCUAUCGGCGUCACCAACACCGAUCCUGUUUAUGAGCCUCUCUCUGGCUUCACCAAGCCUGAAGGGAAUUUGCGGUGCUGUGUAUACUCGCCCUGUGGUCGGUACCUCGCCUGGGCAACCAGCGAACGUGUCUGUAUCGUUGACGCCUCCGCUGGUAAUGUCCUCACAACCUUCCCCGUCACCAAUGUUUACGAAGUUGCCUUCUCGCCCCGAGGCUCCUUUGUGAGCACUUAUGAACGACCGGCAAAGGACGAAGCUGGUGAUGCAACAAAGAACCUCAAGGUCUGGCAAUCCGUUGAGGAUAUCCCCGAAGGCGCCGAGAAAGAGCCCCUGGGACGUUUUGUUCAGAAGUCGUAUACGGGCUGGAACCUGCAGUACACCUCCGAUGAGAAGUUUUGCGCCCGAAUGGUUACCAACGAGGUACAAUUCUACGACAGUAACGACCUUCGAACAGUCUGGAACAAGUUGCGGGUCGAGGGCAUCACCGACUUUGCCAUUGCCCAUGGCCAGAGCCACAAUGUGGCAGUCUUCGUUCCUGAACGCAAGGGCCAACCCGCCGCGGUCAAGAUUUUCAACGUUCCUCAGUUCACGACGCCGAUCUCGCAGAAAACCUUCUUCAAGGGCGACAAAGUACAGCUAAAGUGGAACAGCUUAGGUACGAGCCUGAUUGUGCUGGCACAGACAGACGUGGAUAAAUCCAACAAGAGUUACUACGGCGAGACGAACCUGUACCUACUCAGUGCCAAUGGCUCGCUUGAUGCCCGUGUCGCGCUUGACAAGGAAGGGCCUAUUCACGAUGUUUCGUGGUCGCCCAACGGAAAGGAGUUUGCUGUCAUCUAUGGCUACAUGCCUGCGAAGACGACCAUCUUCAACCACCGUGCGGUAGCCGCCCAUUCCUUCGCCCUUUCGCCUCGCAACACCCUUAUCUUCUCACCCACCGGUCGAUUUUUGUUGGUUGCAGGCUUUGGUAACCUGGCUGGUCAGGUCGACGUGUACGACCUGGAGAAAGACUACCAAAACAUCUGCACCAUCCAAAGCGGCAACCCGAGUGUGUGCCAGUGGAGCCCGGACAGCCGAUUCCUCAUGACUGCCACCACCUCGCCGCGCCUUCGGGUAGAUAAUGGUGUCAAACUCUGGCAUGUGGGUGGGAGCGUCAUGUACAACGAAGAUAUGGUUGAGCUGUACAAUGUGUCGUGGAGGCCGGCGCUGCCUGAGAACCUUCCUCAUGCUGAUCCACUGAGCCCUGUUCCCACCCCGCACUCUUCCGCUGUUGCAUAUCUCGGCACCGUCAAGACGCCGUCGAAACCUGUGGGGGCAUACCGACCUCCAGGAGCUCGGGGAAUGGUCACACCCCUCCACUUCAGGCGUGAGGACGAAGGCGGUGCCGCCCAUGUGAUGAGCAACGGUGCCCCUAAUGUGGGCCCCAAUGGAUUCGGAAGGGCCCGCCGCCAGGUGCCUGGUGCCGAGUUACUCGAGUCUGGUACACGUCCUGUCCCAGGUGCUGCUCCAGCCCAAGUUCAGGGCGUAGACGGUGACGAGAACCUGUCCAAGGCUGCGCUGAAGAACAAGAAGAAGAGAAACAACAAAAAGGCCAAGGAAGGGGAGAGCAAGGAUGCUAACGGUAGCCUAACUCCUCCAGUUCAAGGACAAGGUCCAUACUCUGGAAAUGAGGGGCGAAGUCCUGAGCGCCGUGGACAGCAGCAGAACCAGCGACGAAAUGACCGAAGUCGCUCGCGACAUAACUUUCCGGGUGGUAACAACCCUGGACGUAAUCGCGCCAAUACCGGACAGAAUGGACAAGUAGCUGCCCCUGCGCCUCAAAUUCAAACAUCUCAGCCGCCUGCCGCUGACGCGCUUCUAUCGCCCGGCAGCCAGAACCCCGCUAGCAAGAAAUUACGCGGUUUGCAGAAGAAAAUCCGCGCCAUCGAGGACCUUGAGAUGCGCCUGGCAGGUGGUGAGAAGCUCGAGGACACGCAGAUGAAGAAGAUCGCGACCAAGUCAAGCAUUGUGAAGGAACUCGACACUCUGGAAAAGGAGCCUCAGUGA